AUGGGUACUCUCCCUCGGUUAUCUGCUAUUCUGUUCACAGUUACCUUCUUUGUUGAUCUGCAUUUCCGAUGUUCAACUGGCCAGCCAUUGAUUUCAGCUUCUCCAGGGCUUUUGCCUUAUGUUACUGCACCAAAUAUGUCUUCCUUCUUCCCUUCUUCAAGUUCUGCAGCUUCUCCAAAGUCAGAGGCAUCUGCACCAAUUCCCAGCUCAGGCGAAUUUAUAGGAAGGAGUUCCUCCAGUUCAGCUAAGUUUGAUGGCAACGCUGUCAUAUUUGGAGUGAGACUCUGGAUUUUAUCUGUUAUAUGUUCAGUUUCUCUUUUGAGCACUCGAUUUCUAAAUUAUAACUGA